AGGCGAGAGAGCAGAGAGAAUUCGCAGGCAAGGGAGCCACUAGUUAUCUCUGCGCCAGUCAUUCAUUGAGCCUCCCCUCUCCCCUCACAGAACACAGACACGCCACUGGACCGAGCAACGAUGUUGUUCUGCAGAACGGCUUGGCAGAGACUCGGCCCCCUUGCGCGAAAGACUAUCGGACCACUGUCCAGAAAUGCAGUCCCUGCACGAACCAUGGCUGGGGUGCCAGGAGGCCCCGGCAUGAACACAGCCUUGGUCGUUGUUGGUGGAGGCUCUCUUACAGCUGCUCUUAUUUAUGCUUACAAGACGGUAAACUCAGACAGUGAAAGAUACUCUGACAGAAUUGCAGACAUUGAGGCCAGGCCGAAGGCUGAGGAAGUGGGAGUUGUAGCGGCCCCUGUAGAAGAAGCGGCCCCUGUAGAAGAAGCGGCCCCUGUAGAAGAAGCAGCUCCGGUUGUAGAGGAAGUAGCGGCCCCUGCUGCUCCGGUAGAAAGUGCACCCAUGGAGGAGGAGGCGGCACCAGCCCCUGCUGAGCCUGUGGCAGAGGAAGCACCAGCUGCUGAAGCUGCACCCGAAGAGGCGCCCGCAGAAGAACCUGCCGCAGAAGCCCCGGCCGAGCCCGAGGUCGUGGCUGAAGUGGCAUUGGAGCCCGUCGCCGAGGCAGAACCCGCAGCCACUGAGGAGGCCCCGGCAGCCGAGGCUCCUGCCGCAGAAGAGGUGGCAGCAGAGGUGGCGGCAGAGGCCGCACCUGAGGCCGAAGCUGCGUCUGAAGCGGCACCAGUCGCAGAGGCUGCCGCAGAGGAGCCUGCAGCAGAAGCAGUUGUGGAGGUCGAGGCUGCCGCAGAGGCCCCAGCAGAGAGCUCUGGGCUGGGAAUAUCGGACCUACUGAGUGCUGUAAAACUCAUGGCUGGCUCUACAGUGGAGAUCGCUGCUGCCUCUGUGGGGGAUAGGAGGGUGGUGACAGCCGUUCAUAUACUGGAGGAGCAAGCUGGACUCAGGGAGCACGUGGAGGACGAGGCUGAAGAGCAGAUAGAGGAGGCACCACCUGCAGCAGAGGAGGCAGACGCCUCCCCCAGCCUGGAAGAGGAAGUAAAGGAAGAGGAGGCACAGGAAGCAUCAGCUGAGGCGGAAGAAAACACAGCUGCAGCUGAAGAGGGAGAGCAAGAGGCUUCGGAGGGGGCACAACACCUUGCUGCUGCCUCUGCCAUGGAUGAGGCUGAGGAGGAUGCGAGCAAAUCCUGCCAUUCCUGCCAUGCCCACUCAGAGGUGGCGGUGGCUGGUGCCGAGGCUGAAGAGGCCGAGCCAGCUGAUGAAAAUGCUGAGAGUCCUGCAGAAGGCAGUGGGGAGUCAGAAUGAGGGCCUACAUCCAUUUUUGAAACUAAGAGCCUUCAUCAAUUAUAACUGAACUAUCAACGAC